AUGCAAGCGUCGGAAUCUUCCCAUUCUGGUGCCACCUUCGACUCAAUUAGCGUGCUGUCAAAGGCGUCUGUUAUCAUUGGAAACUGGAAUCCCUCUUUUUGUAACCUGUUGUACACUUGGUUCACAUAUCCAAGUUUAGGGUUUGUGCUGAACAUGAUGGACCACGACUGGAUCAGUUGCAACAAAUAUUCCUUAACUGUAUGGUUCAGGUUCUUGUCGUUCAACGUGAGAACAAUGGCAUCUAUAAACUCUUUGGAAGAGAUAUCCGACAAAAAGUGCUCGCCUCCAUUCUUGAUACAGAAAUCUAUUAGUUUCAGGGACGACUUUUGCAGGUUUGGGUUUUUGUUGUUGAUGAACCGUUUCUUGAGUCCCCGCAUCGCAUCUUUCGAUGGAACUUGCUUCGACCGGAUCAAAUCGCUGAUCUCAAGUGCUGCGGAAAAAUCAAUGUCUCCAUUAGGAAUCGACUCCGAAGUUGCCUCUGCAAUCUUCUCCUCGAUCGAGGUGGCUGUGCCUGAUCGCCCAAACCACGACAUUUCAGUGUGUUGUGUUUAG